AUGGGCGGUCACGCCUUCAGCCUUAAAUACCACUGUCCCCGCCUCGCACCGUCCCUCUACAACGAAGUAGCAACGCGUCUCCUCAAACAACUACAAGACCUCUUCAUACACGCUGUCGUCCCUCCAUCAGCGCCAGAGAAGACAUCGUUUGGAGACGUCGACGCCAUUGUCUGCCUGUCGCGUGAGGCGGAUGAGCCAGACUUACGCAAUAUGAAGGACCGUGUCAAGAUGAAAAUGGGCGCUGUCGCGGCGGGAGUCAACAAAAACGGCGUGCUGUUCCUGUUGCGCGUCCUCGAUGGCACCAUGGCGCUCUCAGCGCCCGCCUUUGUGCAGCUAGACAUCCAGCUCUGCGAUGCUGCCUCCCAGCUUCCAUGGACGAUAUUCACCAUCGCUUAUGGAGACCUGAUCAACAUCCUCAAAGUUGGCCUUUAUCGCUCCGGCCUGUCACUCCGGCCCUCUGGGCUCUUCGUCCGCGUGCCACCUUCGCCAGAAGAACUGCAAGCCACGGCACCAACAGCGGCAAAUGGCCGUCUGCUUUUCCUCAGCAACGACGUCGACGCCGUGCUCACAUUCUUGGAUCUCGAUACACUUAAAUACCAUACCGGUUUCGCCACCAUGGACGAACUGUAUGGCUAUGCGGCUGGAGCGAAGUUCUUCGAUGCUGGAACGUUCGCAGACAUCGUCGCAGGCGGCGGUAGAGAUAAACGUCCGAAUUGGGUACGCUUCGCACGGGAAUGGCUCCCGCAGCACCAC